AAAAUGUGUGACAGAGCUGGACCUCGUCAUCACCACGCACUUUGUCACUAAGACAGGGUAACCCAUGGUAACUAAGCUCCUGCUGUGAAGGGGCAGACAGCCUCUCCUCCCUGCAGCUCUAUAAAAGGGACCCAGCAAAGGGACCCUCCCAGCUUCUGGCUCUCAGCCCUGGGCAGGUGCAGGAAGGAGAGCCCGGCUCUGAGGCAGAGCUCACGGGCAGACGAAGGAAGGCCAGCAUGCCACCCAACCGCAAGCUCCAGUGUCACUUCGUCCUCCUCGUCCUGGCGGCUCUGAGAGGGGACAGCCGGUACCUAGAGCUGCAGGACGCCGCGGACUACGACCCUCUCCUGCUCUUCAGCGCCAGCCCGAAGCGGGAGUUGGCCGGGGAGCAGCCGUACCGCCGCGCGCUGCGGUGCCUGGACAUGCUGAGCCUGCCCGGCCAGUUCACGUUCACCGCGGCGCGGCCGCAGCUGCACUGCGCCGCCUUCUUCAUCGGUGAGGCGGAGGAGCUGCUGUCCAUCCGCUUCGACCUGGUGUCCAUCGACUGCAGGCGCGGAGACUUCCUGAAGGUAUUUGAUGGCUGGAUUCUCAAGGGGGAGAAAUUCCCCAGUUCCCAGGAUCACCCUCUCCCCACCACUGAUCGGUACACAGACUUCUGUGAGAGUGGUUUCAGCCAGAGGAGCAUCAGAUCCUCCCAGAAUGUGGCCAUGAUCUUCUUCCGGGUUCAUGAACCAGGAAAUGGAUUCACAUUAACCAUAAAGACAGAUCCCAACCUCUUUCCUUGUAAUGUCAUCUCUCAGACCCCAAGUGGAAGGUUCACCCUGGUGGUUCCUCGCCAGCAUCGGAACUGCAGCUUUUCCAUCAUUUAUCCAGUGGUAAUCAAAAUAUCGGAUCUCACCCUGGGACAUGUGCAUGGUCUUCAGUUAAAAAAAUCCUCAGCAGGCUGUGGAGGAAUCGGAGACUUUGUGGAGCUGCUGGGAGGAACUGGCCUGGAUCCUUCCAAGAUGCUGCCUUUAGCUGAUCUCUGCUACCCCUUUCAUGGCCCUGCCCAACUGAAAAUUGGCUGUGACAACUCUGUGGUGCGCAUGGUCUCCAGUGGAAAACACAUCAAUCGUGUGACGUUUGAAUAUCACCAGCUGGAACCAUAUGAACUGGAGAACCCAACCGGAAACAGCAUCCCGGAAUUCUGUUCCUCUGGUCUUUGAAUAUAACCAGCUCCAUAACCGCCGUGCUGCUAGCUAAGUGAAUUCUCAAAGGCUCUUUGUACAUAGUUCUGAUGAGCAGCUAGUGAAAAGCCUUUCAUACCAAUCAGUAUUCCCAACUGUGAACACACACACACACAACCACAUAUAAAGUUUUGUAUCUUGCUUCCUUUUUGUUUGUAAUAUAUCUAAGACAUGGAGAAAAUGAGCCCCGAUGGUAAACAAUGCAUUUUAGUUGGAAAUGUUGGUAGUUCUUUGGUACGUUACAGAUCUGAACUGGUAAGACAGACAUAAAGCAAUGGGUGAUGAACGUUGGCAUCUCAAGGGAAAAGACUAUAAAGAAAAGAAAAUGGUGGCAUUCAUAGUUUUAUUACAGAAAAUUUUCAAAGUCUUGUGUACACCAAAGGAGUUGCAUCUGUUUACUUUUUGUUUAUAAUUUUGUUUACAAUAGGUAGAAGUUGUAAUUGUUAUUUAUUUGUAAUACUUGUUUGUAACAAAACUUUGUAGCAUGGAAAAAACUUUCCAUCCACAAAUAUAAAUGUGAAUAAAUAUAUUCAGAAUGUUGGCACCUUGA